UCCUAUAGUUGAUGAACUACUAAAUUGACUUAUUCAGUGCCGAUUACUUUAAUUUUUAUGCAACAAUGACAAGACUUUUUUUGACACAUACAAUUAAAAACAGCAAUAAUUGAGAACACAACUGUUCACUCAAUUUUCUGCAUAGCUUCAGCUCCGACUGUGACGCAACCAUGGCGGGCUGUUUCAGCUUCACUGCUCACCGUGACCGCUGCUACCGUUUCUCCUUCUCCAACGCCGGCCUCAAAUCAACCACCACCGAUCUCGGCCACGGCACCAUCAUGCACUGCUGGAUCCCCAAAACCCACAAAACCUCCAAACCUUCUCUCCUCCUCCUCCACGGUAUGGGCGCCAACGCAAUGUGGCAAUGGAACGAAUUCAUUUCGCCGCUCACCCGUCGCUUCAAUGUCUACGUCCCGGACCUACUUUUCUUCGGGGAGUCGUACACAACACAGCCCGAUCGGUCCGAAGCUUUUCAGGCUCGGUGCGUUUCGGCGUUAAUGGAGGCUCACGAUGUUCGGAUGAUGAACGUUGUUGGUGUUAGUUAUGGUGGAUUUGUGGGGUAUAGUUUGGCGGUGCAGUUUCCGGAGCGUGUGGGGAAGGUUGUGAUGUUGGAAGAUAAGGAUAUGGAGGAAGGGUUGUUUAGGGUUAAGAGUAUUGAUGAAGCUGCUACUAUUUUGAUUCCGCAGACUCCGGAAAAGAUGAAGCAGCUUGUUCAGCUUGCGUUUGUUAAGCCUAUUAAUGUUAUGCCAACUUGUGUUCUCACUGAUUUCAUCGAUGUGAUGUGCACUGAAUACCGGCAGGAGAAGAAAGAACUAAUUGAAACAUUAUAUAAGGAUAGAAAACUGUCUAAUCUUCCUAAGAUAACCCAGCCUACUCUAAUAAUCUGGGGAGAACAGGACCAGGUAUUCCCACUGGAAUUAGGGCACAGACUGAAAAGGCAUCUGGGCGAGAAUGCACAACUAGUUGUUGUUAAGAAUGCAGGGCAUGCAAUCAAUAUGGAGAAGCCCAAGAAACUGUAUAAGAUUUUAAAAUCCUUCCUCAUCGAUUCCGUUACUCCAUCGCAAGAAAAUCGUAGUAAUGGUCCCAAACUGGAUUAAUGUGGUCGACUUAUAGAAAAUAUAGAGAUUCAGUUACAUUACAACUAUGUUUGUGUAUCUAUUUUCUUAUUACAUAGUAAACAGCCAUGCUGUAUAUUUUCUUGCAUGGGAUAGGGUAGAUGAAGCUUGUAAAGAUGGUUCUGAAAAGAGAAAGAUUACAUAAAGGUGUGGAUGUAAAUGAACAACAGAAAGGAAAUUUUAGGGAUCAACCACAAUAAACUCAUAAUUCAGAAAACUAGGUUGGGGACAGAAUCUGGUUCAAAUACAAAUAUUGUUAUGGGAACACUGGAACAGUGGUUACACAAUAGUGUUUGUAUAUGUAUUGCGAACAUUAGUUUAUUGUUUGUAUAUGUAUUUCAACAUUUGCAUAACAUUUUAUUUCGUUA